AUCGGCUGGACGAAUGCCAUCUCCUGUGCCAUCUACAACGUCUACUACAACCUUCUAUUGGCCUGGAUCUUGCACUACCUCCUCAACAGUUUCACUACCCAGCCGCGAUGGUCUCGAUGCCCCAACUACACAGACUCCACAAAUGCGCCUCUACCAGCCAACUUCGCUAAACCUCUGGAGACCAAAGAUCACAUGUGGGCAUUUUCUUCAAGUACUACCUCCUACAUCAAAGAGACGCUUAGGUCUGCUGAAAGCACCAGGAUCACAGCAAUUCCAGCGGCUGGAGGCGCCUUGCUAGAAUUGGCGAACAGAACUGACGCCUGGAACUUAGCAACGCUGACGCAAACACGAUGCAUAGAUCCGGAUAGCAUAACUGCUCUAGUUGCUAGCGCAAAUCGGGUGCUUUAUUUAUCUACUUAUCAUUCUAGUACAAGAGGUUUGAUACAUUUCACUAGUCAUCCCCUCCAAGCCAGAUAG